GGUCGUGCUUCUGUUUUUGACCAUUCUGCUACAUUUGUACAGAAUUACAAUGCAUGGUUACAAAUAGUCACAAGAUCAAUUGUGAAAGCCACUUGAUAACGAAUCUCUCUACUGGCCUGUAUACGAUUUACAUAUGUUGCUUGUUGCUAGGUCAGGCAAACAGUGGAUGAAAAUUAUCUUCAUUUCCCGUAGAAUAUAUAUAAUAUCAAUAAUGACACAAUAAAGUGGAACAAAUUCCAUUGCAUUUUAAGAAUGUCGCAUAAAACAAAACUGGAUGGAAUUCGAACUUUGGCAUGUAUACAUACCUUUGGAAGAGAUUAUCAUUUGAACUCAUGAUUAUGAACUAGUAUUAUAACAUAUUCAGCAUUUUUACCAAUAACAAAUAUGAUAUUACAGGUUAAGUAAUUACAAGAUAAGAUUAGGCUUAGCUUUUCCAAGAAGUUUGACAUUUGUUUUACGACAAAAUAGAAAUUCGCCACCUAUCAGUUAUUUGCAGGCUAUAGCCUGAUAUGAACAGGGAAUCUUGCGACUGGUGAGUAUAAACGUUUUUGUCUCAUUUUCUUUAAAACACAUAGGAACAACAUAUAUGUUUAUUUUUACACGAUUUUUUUUUCAGAAAACUGACAGAUAUUACUUUGUUGUAAGAAAAAAUGAAAUGUGAGAUGUAUACUUGAUAGGUUUAUUUUGUUGAUGGGGGGGGGGGGGCUAUGUACAUCUUGAUUGUUUUGUUAACUAAAAAUGAAAAUGAACUGUUAUGUGUGUGCGGGAAAAUCACAUAUUUCAAAUUUUAUUUACAUCUAAUUUUGCUGAAGAUUCAAUCAGAAAUAUCUUUGCUCAUUAUCAAAUUAUUAAUUCUUUAUUUGAAAGGAUCAUAGAAGUUAGUAAUGGCUGAAGCAGACUGGACCUGUCAACAUUGUACUUUCUUCAACCAAAACAGUGCAUCGAAAUGCCAAGCAUGUGACUCAGAGAGGAUAGAUUUCGGAGAUGUAUCAACUCCAAAUGAAGACGAGUGGUCUUGCCCUAUGUGCACUCACAACAAUAAAGUUGACUUGUUAAACUGUUCAGCCUGCCUGAUUCGAAAUCCUCACGCACCAACAUUUGAAUACCAUGAGUAUGCUGUUGCACUAGACGAGCCAACUGGAGCUACAUCAUUAGAUGUCGUCGACAGUGACUGGGUCUGUCCUGCUUGUUCAAGAUCCAACCCUGUGACGUCACUGAACUGUGUCCAUUGUCACGAUGACCAGUGGGUUGAUGUGUGGUCGUGUCCACAUUGUACCCAUGAUAAUCCGAUGGACAGCGUGAUUUGUUGGGUGUGUGAACACGGUCAGCAGUUGUUCUCGGUCGGCGAUGGGCAUGAUGUACCACAAGUCCAACAUCUUGCAACUGGCCUCGCUGGAAUGGAAAUCUCAACACACAGGAAACCCACUAAACUUGAGAAACAUUUUCAGGAUAAAAUUAUUGGUCAAAAGCACGCUAUCUCCUUGGUGGCACGAACUAUUAGACGGAAGGAAGGAGGUUGGCAAAGUGAAGACAAACCGCUGGUAUUCCUUUUCUUGGGAUCAUCUGGUAUUGGGAAAACCGAAAUGGCAAAAGCAGUGUCGACUUACCUGAAGCUCAAAGAAGCUGGUUUCAUCAGAAUUGACAUGUCUGAAUAUCAAGAGAAGCACCAGGUCAGCAAAUUCAUCGGAUCUCCUCCUGGUUAUCUUGGUCAUGAAGAUGGCGGUCAACUAACAGAGAAACUCAAGAAGUUUCCGAAAGCUGUAGUUCUCUUUGAUGAAGUUGAGAAAGCACACCCAGAUGUCCUUACUAUUAUGCUACAGCUUUUUGACGAGGGGAGGCUGACCGACGGAAAAGGUAAAACUAUUAGGGGUGAGAAGGCUAUAUACUUCAUGACAUCAAACCUUGGGAGCAAUGCCAUCACUGAAUUUUGGAAGGAAGCAAAGAAAGACACAGAACAAGUGAAAAUCCCUGAGAACUUCAAGCAAGAUGUCAUUCAGCCUAUUCUCAAAGAUCACUUCAAGAGAGACGAGUUCCUUGGCAGAAUCGAUGAAACUGUCUUCUUUCUUCCGUUCACCGAGCAAGAUCUUGUUCAACUUGUUACUAAAGAAAUGGAUAAAUGGGCAAAACGUGCAAAGAGUAUGCACGAUAUAAAAUUAUCCUGGGACCCGUCUGUUCUGAAAGUUUUAGCAACUGGUUACAAUGUUGAUUACGGGGCUCGUUCCAUCAUACACGAGGUAGACAGAAGAAUAGUGAAUAGUUUGGCAGAACUCCAAGGUGAAAAUGAAGAUAUCGUGAAAGGUAGCAAGAUCCAUAUAUCAGUUGUUAAAGACAGAGGCUCCAUGGAUAGUAACUCGCAGGGUACAUCAUCAGGAGCCAACGCUUCAUCAGAGAUGAUGACGACAAACCCAGAUCAUAAGGCAGAGAGCGCCACCUCUCGAGCUGUUAUGAAGAUGGAGGUGCUUGAUUGUAAUGAUUGUGUGAGGAUAGAAAUCCGAAUUUGAAAAUGUUGAUUCAAUAUUGUUGAUAACACAUUUCUGACAUGUAAACAGUACAACGAUGAUACAGAUUUGUUAUAUAUUGUGAAACUCUUACCAUCUGAAAUGAGAUCCGUACACCUGAGCCUGUUACUUGCAGGUGGAACAUUUCGAUCGAUGAUUUCUCAGAUUGUCUCUGCCAAUGACCCUCUGUAGCCUUAAAACCUUCCUUUCAUAUUUCUCCACUUUAAUUUUAUGAGAUUAUUCGCUUGCUAUAGAUAGCAUUAUGACGUCAGGUGGGUUCUUAUAAAAAAUGUGAAAUGAGAUAAAUAUUCCAAUGAA